AUGCUCGCGUUGGAGUCUCGAGAUCAUCUUCAGAAACAAGUGCAGUCUUGGAAGGAUCAGUUGCAGCAAUAUGGAUUGCGCCUCAACACAUCAAAAACUGAGUACAUGGAGUGCGGACCAAGGGUAAAGGAUGGUUCAAUUCGUGUCGAUGGCACCGAAUUAAACAAGGUGAACUGUUUCCUUGGAUCUAAAGUGACUUCCACAGGCGACAUUGAUCAAGAAGGUCGAGCACGUGUUAAUGUGGCAUGGAUGAAAUGGGAAAUGGCAACAGGCGUACUGUGCGACAAGAAAGUCCUGUUCGACUGA